AUGACAAGUAUUCCCAAGUCGAACGAGCUGGUCUUCGUAAAGAACUACUACAACAUGCUCUGCAACAGGCCAUCGGUUAUCCACCAAUACUACAUGAAAGAUUCCCAGCUCACAAUAAGCAAGGAGACGGACAAACCGGAGACAUGCACUGAGGACUUUGGAAAGUAUAUCAAAUUGAAGAUAACCAAUCCGGUAUCGAAAGUACUUAUAUCACAUAUAUCCUGGCAGAGGAUGGACGACCUGAAGUCGGUCAUCAAUGUCAUUGGGCAGUUUGUUUACAGCGAUCUGUCGCAGACAAGAAUAGCUCAUCAGUUUAUUGUGAUAAAGGUCAAUUCUGUGCUAUACAUCAAGAACGAAAUUCUGACGUUUCUGGACGAAGAAGUUGUCUAUGAGACGAAUCAGGAUGCCAAGAAGGCUGUAACUAUUGAAUAUGGGAAAAACAGCAUGUUACAGGCAAUCGGCGUUGUCUCCGAGUUUGGAAAAGUAGAGUCUAUGAAGACUGGAGAUGAAGGAAGGAUCGUUGUGACAUUUGGCACUGUAGAAGACGUGAAUAACAUCAAGAAAAACAUUGCAAAGAUCAUCUCGCAGGGAUACAAAUUAGAGUUUGAUGGGCUGAAAAUAUGA